AUGGAGCAUGUUACGGAUUUGUCGACUGAACGAUUUCUGCAGGCUUUGAGACGGUUUAUUUCUCGACGUGGCCGAUGCACGGACAUCUUUUCCGAUAAUGGUACUAAUUUCGUGGGUGCAAAGAAUAAAAUGUGUGAGUUGUUCGAUUUGCUCAAGGAUCAGCGACAUCAUGAUGCUAUCUCCAAGGAAUGUGCAAACGAGGGGAUGCAAUGGCACUUUAUUCCUCCAGCAGCCCCACACUUUGGUGGAUUAUGGGAAGCUGCGGUACGCUCAGCAAAAUUCCAUCUACUACGUGUACUAGGAGAAAAUCCGGUCUGCCAAGAAGAUUUCAGCACCCUUUUGGUCCAGGUAGAAGCGUGUUUAAAUUCCCGGCCGCUUACCCCAAUGUCAGAUGAUCCAACCGAUCUGGAAACUCUGACUCCGGCUCAUUUUCUGACAGGUGACUCGCUUCAAAAUAUUCCGGAACCUGAUUAUAGCACGGUCCAGCUCAAUCGUUUAAGUCGAUGGCAACUAGUGCAAAGGCAAUUGCAGGAUUUCUGGAAACGUUGGCGUACUGAGUAUUUAUCCCAACUCCAGGCCAGGUCGAAAAACUGGAAAUCACCAAUAAAAUUGGAUAUAGGAAUGUUGGUAAUCAUGGUGGAUGGAAAUAAUCCACCAAUGCUAUGGAAGAAAGGUCGCAUUGAGGAAUUACACCCUGGAAAGGAUGGUAUAGUACGUGUAGUUACCGUGCGGACAUCAAGUGGGCUAUUUAAGCGUCCUGUAGCUAAACUUUGUUUGUUGCCAAUGGAAGGAAACUCAACUAAUCAUAAUGAAGCUGAUCACUGA